AUAACAGAAACAGUGUGUGACAAACGGCACGUGUAAAUGCAUUGCAUCUGGGAUUUGGAACAGACGACGACGACGGGAGUGUUUGAGUUUCAUGUGAUCUGUGUGUGAUGCCAUGUCCAACAACAACGGCAAGAAGCGCCGCCAUGUUCCGCCUGCACCAUCCGACACCAUUUUCCGUAUCCUCUGUCCGGCGGCAAACACGGCAGACAUAACGGCGCUUGCCGGAGACGGAGCUAAGAUUCUGGUCGAUGACUUCGGCGGCGCCGACGAGCGUGUUGUUGUUAUUGUCGGCGCCGCGGAGCAACCUGUUUCUUGUGAGGAGUCGCCUGCACAGGUUGCAUUGAUUAGGGUUUUUGAGAAAAUGGUGGAUGAAGAAUCUAAGGCUUCCAAUUCGGCGGUUUCGUGUAGGUUGGUAGCGCCCAGCUAUCAGGUUGGAAGUGUGCUUGGUCGAGGAGGCAAAAUCGUGGAGAAAAUCAGGCAAGAGAGUGGGGCUCAGGUUAGGGUUUUGCCCAAGGAUCAAAUUCCCCAUCCUCCUCCCGGAGAUGAAUUAAUUCAGAUAACAGGAAACUUUGCCUCAGUAAAGAAAGCGCUUGUCUCUGUUUCGAGUUGUAUUCAGGAUAAUGUAAGGGUGGAUGCUGCUAAUUCGGGUGGUUUUAGACCUUCUGGGCCUGGUGGACACCAUGGACCGCCACCACCUGCUCAGGUUGAACCUUAUUCUCAACGAGGUUACGCGCCAUCUGGGUCGUAUGCUCCUCCUGAUCAUCACCCCAGAGGUUAUUCUUCUUUUCCAGGUCCUGAAGGUGCUGGGCCUGGGCCUGCUCAUAGGAUGUUUGCUGAAGAGGAGGUUGUCUUCAAGCUAUUGUGUCACCAUGAUAAAGUCGGUAGUCUUAUUGGUAAAGGGGGUUCUGUGGUGCGGGCUUUGCAAAAUGAAACGGGGGCAUCUAUCCAAAUCGUUGAAGCUGGACCUGAUUCGGACGAGCGUGUGGUUGUGAUAUCUGCGCGAGAGAAUUCAGAGCAAAAGCAUUCUCCUGCACAAGAAGCCGUUAUUCGGGUUCAUGGUCGACUUACAGAGAUUGGAUUUGAACCAAGUGCUGCAGUUGUUGCUAAGCUUCUUGUGCGUUCACCACAGGUUGGCUGUCUCUUGGGCAAGGGAGGUCUUGUAAUAUCUGAAAUGCGAAGGGCCACAGGGGCUAGUAUACGCAUCUUUUCAAAGGAACAGAUUAAAUACAUUUCCCAAAAUGAAGAAGUCGUACAGGUUAUUGGGAGCUUACAAUCUGUGCAAGAUGCUUUGUUUCACAUAACCAGCAGAAUUCGGGAAACUAUUUUCCCAGUAAGGACCCCUCCAAAUUUUAGUGCACCACCACAUUUGCCACCAUUUCCAGAAAUGCCACCUCCGUUAUUUAGGCCAAGAAAUCAUUUGAUGUCCUCUGGCCACCCUCCUCCUCCAGUUGGGCCUCCUCAUGGAAUUGACCAUUCAACUGUUCCCCCGAUGCCUGUUGACCAUCAGCAUGCGUUUUUACAUGGUAUGGGGCGUGGUCCACCAAACAUGGAUCGGGUUCCCUAUCCUCGUGGUUAUGAAGGACCAAAUUCUCCAAGAUCAUGGAAUCCUCUGGCAGUUAACAGAGGAAAUCCAGGAGGAACAGGUGAUAAUUCUAGUUUGGCUUCAAGAAAUGGAACCCCUGGAAAGAAUGGAAACCCAUUACAAAAUCCAAAUAGCUUAACUAUUGAGAUUACGAUCCCUUAUACGUAUUUAAACCACGUGUAUGGGGAAAACAAUAGCAACCUUACGCAGAUUCGACAGACAUCUGGCGCAAAUGUGGUGGUUCAUGAUCCAAAACCUGGAGCCGCUGAAGGUCUGGUGAUUGUGUCAGGAGCACCGGAUCAAACUCACGCGGCUCAAUGCCUAAUUCAAGCUUUCAUUUUGUGUGGGCAGACUGUAGCGUGAGUUGAGACUACAGGAACAAGAGGCAAUCCUGUAAUUGUUAUUUUAUCGUGAUGGUUUAAGGAGAUAUUUGUAUCAAGAUUGUAACAUUUUGUGAAUUUUAUGUUCAAUUAGAGUAAUUUUAUUUAUUCUUUCCUGCGCCGAGGGUUAGACCUCACUUUUGUAUUGAUGUUUCUAAUCAUUCUAGAAGCUACCUACACAAAUUUAUAAGUAUAUAGGUACCUUUGGAAAUGUUUGAAUCUUCCCUUUUAUGUCAUUUC